UACACGAGCUCCCAGCUAGACCUCCCAGCGCCCGUGGGUGAGUACCAGAGUCCGUCGUCCCCGGGCUCCAGCAGCAAAUGCAGCCGCUCUCUGUCCACCAUGAGCAUCUCCCCGUCUGUGAACAGUGCCUUCAGCAGCGUCGUCUCCUCCCUGCGCUCCACUCCCGGGGUGAACCCAGCCCCGGAACUAGAUGUACCCAGCGCACAUUAUGAAGCCAUACAGGAAUCGAACCUUGAACAGCAGCCACCCGAGGCCUGCACAGCUGAUGGGCCCGUUGAGGAAAAGGAAAGCAAAAAGUUCAAGACCCAGUUCGACUCUCGGUCACUCAACUUGGAGGAGGAAGGUGCCAGUGUGGUUCGGUUCUCGGCGUUCCGGCAGUACUCUUUGCCGGAGAAGCUAGACCAGGGCCGUUGUGAUGUCCAGUUUGACAGGAACCAGCACGUGAAGCGGCAGUCCAACGGGGAGAAAUGUGUCAGCUCCAGCGAGCAGGUGCUCAACUGCGACGGGGGGUUGCUCAACGAAGAAAUCAGCGCUUUGUCAGACAACGCCAGGACCCUAGCCCCGUCCUCGCCGGUGGGGAUCCCGUCAAUAACGCCGUCGGAAGAGGAGGAGAACGACGCUGAGAAGUCUUUGGACGGAGAGGAGUCGGCGGAUGAAGAGUUCCAGUUCCCUCCCCUGAGGGUUGUGUCCCAGAAGCCGCAGUCUGACGCGGAAUCUUUCCCCAGCCUAGCUCAGCCCGUGUUUACCAGAAGCUCGUCUCCCGGCUGUGUGCAGGCACCCACCACCCAGGCCACCGCCCACAGGUAUCUGCUGCGAGCAGACGUGCCGCACAGCGUGUCAUCCCGCGCCUCCAGCGUUGUCGAUCAUGUGACCGAGCGUAACGACUUCAUGGAUUCGAUGGCGUCUGACGUGUCGUUCCCCCCGCCCCCCGCUGCCCCACCGGAGAGUCGCCAGGCCAUGCUGCCCAUCUCUCACUCGGCCGUCGACCUGGUCAUCAUCCUGCAGCGCCUGUGUGGCUUCAGCCACAGCCUCGUCUCCAUGAUGAUUGACGAGAGCUCGUUCCUCACCCCGGCCCACAAUACACAGCACACUUCCCAAAACCCGGGUGUAGGGGUCAACGACCUGGAGGCGGGAGCGGAAGCCGGGGACCUACAAUCUCACCAAGAGCUGACCAGAAAAUGUUCGUCCGAUGUUGAGAUGGUGCUGACCGGUGGGGCGGGCAUGGUGCCACCGUCGCUGUCUGUGUCGGACACUGACCCUGGGUCAAACGAUCCGCUCGCACACGAGCGGGACACACCCUCACAUGUCCUCCAAGGGGACAGCGGUGCCUGCCCCGGCGCGGAGAGUGCCCGGCCGAGUGCACACACGUUGAGUGGACACAAGCUGAAGCUGUCCCUCCACCUCCGUCUGCUCAAGCCAGGCCUACAACUCGCUAUCUUUGAAUUACAAAGUUCUUUCUGCCCCGUACCUAGUUUUGGAGGAAUUUGA